GUUUGAAGCUAUCCGUUAAACGAUUCGUUGGUGCUAUUCAGCAGGGAAUCAAAAGCUCGCCUUCCGCGAUGGAAUACAAUCCUUCCGUAUUGAAACGCCUGCACGCUACCUUCAUGGUGAUUGCGUGGCUUUUCUUCAAUUCACUGGGCACAUCAAUCGCUAGAUACUUUCAAACCACAUGGACCAACAAGCAAUACUUUGGAGUUUCACGAUGGAUGUUUUUCCACCGUGCUUAUAUGGGGUGUUGCUGGGCGUUAACAUGUGCUGCAAUUAUUUUCAUAUUCAUCGAUCUUGAAGGAUUCAAAGCACACGCGCACGCCAUCGUAGGUCUAGUUACCUUUGCACUGUGCUUUCUGCAGCCGAUUCUGGGCCUGGCAGCUCCUUCGCAGACAACGGCACGAUCGGCGAUCAAAUUACUGCACCGAGUUUUCGGGAACCUAGCGUACAUCCUGGCCGUAACGAACAUGUUCCUCGGGGUUGGAUUAGAAGAGGCCAAGAUAUCAAACACCAUGUACGGAAUGUUGGGAGGAGCGUUAGCUAUUCAUAUUCUCGCACACGUAACGUUCAAUAUUCUCGAAUAUCUGGCACGAGAAAGGAACGCCGAGUUGAACCCCAAUAAGGAUGCACCGUUUUCACGGUGGAGAAAAACAACGCUGAUGGUGCAGAUGAUAGCACUGUACGCCUUCACGAUAGCCAACGUGGUAUUCGUGUGGCGAGGAUAGACUCGUCAAAGUCAGCUCCAUAGUUGAGUUUUAAGCUACUGAACUGGAGAGAAUAGAUGCGUCUGUUAUGUUAUGUAUUUUACGCCACUAAUACUAGAAGCUACUCAACUGUGAUGCGCAUAGUCCGCGUACGAGUUAUAUGUUAAUAAAGGCUUAACGGUUAAGCUGACA